AACAUAUGAACACAUACAAGAUCUAGUAUCUAGUGCGUAAGUGUAGAUUGCAUGUACUUGUAACUUGUAUUGGUGUGUCCUGGUGCUGGUGCUGGUGUGUACAGUAAUUCAGUCCAUGCCAGUCCAGUCCUGCCUUGCCCAUCCUACAGUCUGGAUGUGUAGUUACCAGUAAGUGAAUCUGAUAAACUUGUUUCUACACGAAAAAAAAAACCAACCAUCAAACUUUUAUUUCACUGCUAGCUAAUUGAUAUCAUUGGCGUUUUACUUUCUCACUGCUGAUAAAUCUUUUGUGUGUUGAAUUGGCGGCGGUAUAUUUAAAUAAGCCGGUUAUUUCUUCGAGAUUUUUCGAAGAGGAAUAAAAUCUUCCACGUAAUUGGUGCAGCCAAUCACGAUGGAGGACGUCGGUAGGACUAUCAGAUCAUUGUUACUCGCUUCUAAGGAAGGAGUAGCAAUUGACAAUGUCAAUAGAGAUUACAAAGCUAUGGAAGGCGACUACAUUCCAUUUAGAAAGUACGGGUACUUGACUGUCCAUGAGUUUUUAAAGGCAGUACCAAAUAUAAGAAUAGUCUCGAAAAACGGAACGUUCUUCGCGCAAGCUGUUGCAAAUGCCAACAACAGGCACAUCGCUGACCUGGUGAGCAAGCAGAAGACACCGAGAGUAAGACCAACAUCUUCCAGACGGCCAAAGAACACGUACUCGUACAAAAGGUCUGCGUCAUCGAAUCGGUUCUCGCCCAGAUCUAACUCGUUCGCUGGAACUGGACGGACCCAAUCGCUGCACAGAUCUGCCUCCUUAUCCAAUGACUCGAGUAGAAAUUGGGCCCCGAGGCAAGAAAAUAAUAUAAGGCCACUGAUGCCUGUGUCAACUAGUUCCACUAAUUUUAAUGGCAACAGCAACAGUAGCAGUCAGAGAAAGUCUGAGAGACCGGAAGCAGACAAAGUCUUUCAACAGCCUAGAGUUAAUGGCUUCCAACAAAAUUCUUCGUUUUCAUCGACAGCGGCCUCGUCAUCGUCAAUUAAUUCUAGACCUGGUACACUGAGCAACAUUUCUCUAGGCAAACACAGUCAGCCGCAGAACUUGGCAUCAACGGUAACGAGACAAAAUUCAUUUGGUGACAAUCGUUCUAUGCAACCAACACAAAUACCGCCACUGAUACCACCAACAGAUCGUAAAUCUCCUGUGUCUCCAAGUGGGCCUGCAAAACAAAAGCAAUUGUCUCCGUCAUCUAAUUACUCUGGUCUAAAUAACAGCAGCAAGACCAAUGGCACGAUGUACAGCGACCACGUUCCUCCAUUGAAGCCUCUGAGUGAGCGUCUGAAGAAUCCUCUGGCGUUUUCAACUGCUGUGCCAGUAACUGAUUAUUCGAAGCCAUCUGCGGCUGAUAGCCCGACCAGCGCUGAUAAGAGAGUCACAUUUGCACCAACGGUUAGAGUCAAAACACCUCCGUUAGUUUUACGGCAGCCUAGUAGUGACUUUGCCGUCAGUUCGAAGCAACUAACACCGCCCGACACACCCAAGAAAAAUAACGACCUCAGAGACGAUCUUGUUGAGUUGGUGGAAAAGCUACAUCUCCCUAAACCUGAGUAUUUUAUCAAACAAAGCGGUAAACACAAUCAAAAAACAAUUCUGUGCCAAAUAAAAAUCGGCGGAGUAAAAUUCAGCAGCUAUCCGUAUGACGCUAAAACACAAAAAGAAGCUGAAAUAGCGGCUGCUGAGCAAGCUCUUGCUGAUUUGAAACAACAUUAUGAGACUUCAGUGGGUUUGCCAAUUACUUAUGAUAAAGAAUUGAUAAAACAGCGUGUUAUUGCCAUUGUUGACAGUGAAGAUCACAAGAGCGGGAUUUUCAAACACAAACUUCCAUUUUAUUACAAGGACAAGUACAACGAAGCGCUUCCUAAUAACUGGGACACAAUUAUCAAUGAGUGUUCAAGUAAAUUAGUCUGCGAAAAGGCGGCUGGUGACGAGAUUAUUUUACUGCCCUACGACCCGGUAGCAGACAACUUUGAGCCCAAGAUGCCGGAGUUGAUUCUCCCGCAAGAAGAUCUCUGGCCAGUUUACGUCACCAAUUUAGUCACCACCGACGAAGUUUACGGGAUAAUUCUCGAAGACGAAUUCUGCAGCAAGAGAGAUGUGAUGUCAGAGAAACUUGAUGGAUUUUAUUCAAAAGUGCGCCCGAAGCCUCCAUCGAUAAAAGUAAACAGAUAUUACGCAUUAAAAAAAGACGACUCCUGGCACCGAGUAUUCGUCGAAUACAUCGACAACGAAAUAAACUGCGCCGAUAUAUUUUUCAUUGAUACCGGCGACAUGGAGAGCGUCAGUUUUAAUGACUUGUGUGCUCUAGAUAAGAGCUUCUACGAAUUAGCACCACAAGCUGUGAGAUUUAGCAUCGCCGGAUAUGAAGAGCUAUCGAAUUACGAGACGAUAAACAAAAUUGGUGAGAAAUUACUCACCAACUUAUCAUGUUACGUCCAAGUAUUGAGUAGAGAGAAAAACGAUAUGGGUUUGGUGAUUAACGGAGUGUUUUUUGACACAAGCACCGCCGACGAUAUCAAUGUCAAUGAGUUGAUCUUGGAAAAGCUGACGAGUUUUGUCAGCAGCCCACAGUUGACUAUUGAGGGAGAAGUACUCGAAGUUUACUUGUCGCAUGUUGAUGAAGCUGGUGGUUACAUUCAAAUCAAUGAUGACUCUCAUAAAAUUUUGGUGGCUCUGAUAGACAAGUUGACCAGCGAGAGUAUCAACGAGGAUGCACUGAAGAGAGCUACAGUGAGCUGGAACGCAGUAAACAGGGAGUCGAUCUACUUGAUCCAUUUACCGGACGGCCAGUGGGUCCGAGUGAAAGUGAUCCAACCGGUACAGAACAAUCAGCUGAGCGUGAUGCUCAUUGAUGUUGGCAAAAAGAUGAUAGUGAAUGCGUCAGAGCUUCUGAAAACCACAAUGAUUCCUGCUCCGCAUGACAACAAUUUGAAACUGAUCGCGUCUGCUAUUGAAAAGUAUCCGGUCCAGGCAUGCAAGAUUCAGCUCCACAACACCAGGACCAGUGUCCUCAAUGACAAGAAAUUCCUGGAGCCGCUGAUCGAAAUGGCACCGCCCAAUGCUAAACUCUUCUGCAAAGUUAUCAAGGAAACGAAAGAGUCAUCACCGCUGGCGGUCGUUGAAUUGUUCAAGAGAAAUGAAUCUGAUAAUUUACUGAUUUCUAUAAAUAAUUCGCUGGUGAUGCGACCGAACAACAAAGCGGGGGAUGAAGACAAAAAUAAUAAUAUGAAGAAGAGACUCGAGAAGAAAAACUCGCGGUCAAGUAUUUCAAGAAAUGGCCUUGAGUUACUUGGGCAGCCGAAAAUACCCGAUGUCGGUAAGUAUUUUGACGUACACGUGACACGAACAGUGACUGGACCGAAUCACUUUGUUGUGCAGCCAUACGACGGGACUGAGCCACUGGCGAUUAUGGAGAAAAGACUUCAGUUGUACUGCGAGGACAAUUCAAAUUUUGUUCCACCUGAUGACUUUUAUGCUGUGGGAAAUCUUUGUGCUGCUAAUGUUAGUCAGAAAUGGUAUCGCGCUUUAAUCGUUGGACCUUUUGACAGCUACUCGACUAUUGUUUACCUCUGCGACUCUGGAGUUAUGCACAAUGUCCCCAAUACCAACUUGAAACCGCUGGCAGAUGAAUUUUUGACUAUUUCUUAUCAAGGAAUAAAAGCUAAACUCUACGGUGCGGAAAGCUUUGACUGGAAAGCUCAUCACGACAGCAAAUUUAAAGAAUUAGUAGCCGACAAAGAUUUCGUAUCAGUAGUAAGAAAAAUCGAAUCUGACAAAUCGUCUCAAACGAAUCAAAUAAUUUGUCUUGAACUCGUAGAUACUUCUGGCAGUACCGAUAAAAAUAUUCUCGAGGAAGUUAUGAGUUUUGAUAAAUAAGUCUGGGUAAAACGCAUUAUAAUUAUUAUUUUUUUUUUCUAAUUUUAUUUAUUAUUUCACUAUUUAAAUAUUACUUCCAUGUGAACUAACAAACUUUUAUUUAUUAUCGAGAUUAACCAGUAAAUAUUAACGAUAUCAAACAAUAAUUUAAAUAAUAGUAAUUAAUAUAAAUAUAUAUAAGGAGCUUCCAAGCAAUAUAAAUUAUAUAUCAGGCCUACAACUAAUGUGCCGUAUUUAAGUUUAACGUAACUUUUAAGCAAUUUGAGGGUUCUAUUAGCACCUCUGGCUGUGUUUAUUGACGCUAUUAUUUUUAUUUUCAUGAUUUUAUAUUUGUUAUUACAUACAAGUUUAUUUUUUUCUUGGGUCCAAUUUCUUACGGGCGUACAUGCGUUUAAAAAAGUUAUAUUUUAUUCUUCAUUUGAGUUAUAUUUUAAAAAACUAAAAUUCAUAGCAUUCAGUUAUUAUACGAAUUGAUUUCCGUAUAAUAAUAAUAAUGAAGGACGUACUGUGUACGUCGCUGAUAAUGAAGAAUACAGUAUUAUUAGAAAAUAUAAAAAAAAACGUGGAUAGAAUUUAAAUCUAUGAAAGCACGUCAUCCAUUCGCUUAAGCGAAAAUAUUGAUAUUUAAAGUUUUAAUGUAAGAUUUAUUAAAAUGUAUUUUUUUAAUAGUUAUCUCAAUGUAAUGAGUGGAAAUAAUAAAAGCUGUUCACAUAA